AUGAACGACUACCAGAAGCAGCGCUUCGUGGAGCGCGUCAUCGGGGGCAUGUUCAACACAGUCGCCGGCAAGCGCAUCGCCAUCUUUGGCUUCGCUUUCAAGAAGGACACCGGCGACACCCGCGAGACGCCCGCCAUAGACGUCUGCAGGCGAGCAGCGGAGGGCCUGCUGGCGGAUGGCGCCAAGUGCGCGGUGUACGACCCCAAGGUCGCCCCCAUCCAGAUGUUCCGCGACCUGUCUGCCCCCAAGUACGAGUGGGACCGCCCCCACGGCUGGACCAAGAGCGAGAACCACAUCAUGGAGAGCGUGCAGGCCGUCCCCGACCCCUACGCGUGCGCAGCGGGGUCCCACGCCAUCUGCGUGCUGACCGAGUGGGACGAGUUCAAGACCUACGACUACAAGAAGAUGUACGACUCCAUGAUCAAGCCCGCGUUCGUCUUUGACGGCCGCAACAUCCUGGACCACGAGGCGCUGCGCAAGAUAGGGUUUGUGGUCUACGCGCUGGGCAAGCCGCUGGACCCCUUCCUGGUGAAGAGCAACCACUGA